CAACCAUCCUACAAUUCACCACGCGCCAAGGUACCCAGCACAAGGGGCAAGGUGAACUUAACCACCUUCACCGGCCCGUAAUCGGCGCCCGUCCCGGCAAAUCCCCUUGGUCUCGUCCGUAACCCCCCCUUGAAAGGUACCCCACCCAAGAUUAUCUGAUUGCAUUUAUCAGAUUGACAGAUAAUUCGCGCCCACUUUCAUCUCGCACCUGAGGGCUACACAUACGCGCAACGCGAGAGAGACCAGAUUAUCCUCCCAGAAACUCUCCCGAGGAUCAACGGGGCUCGAAUCUAGUAGCAUUCUCGCGAUAUCUUCACCUUCACCUUCACCAUGGCGGAUCAGACCAGCCGCGUCUUUGCCCCCCAAGUCUGUCUCGUCGUGUUUCGGGAGACCCUCGAGACCGUCAUCAUCGUCUCUGUCCUGCUGGCCUUCCUCAAGCAGACCCUCGACGGCCCCAGCCGCGACGCCAGAGUGUACAAGGCUCUGGUGAAGCAGGUAUGGGUCGGCGUCGGCCUGGGCUUCCUCAUUUGCCUCAUCAUCGCUGCCGGCAUGAUCGCCGCCUUCUACAAGCUGGGAGCCGACCACUGGGGCGCGAACGAGAACAAGUGGGAGGGUGCGUUCGCCCUCAUCGCGGCCCUCAUCAUUAGCGUCAUGGGCGUGGCCCUCCUUCGCAUCGGCAAGAUGCAGGAGAAGUGGCGAGUCAAGCUAGCCAAGGCGGUCGAGGCUCCGCUACAGGUCACAGAUCACCGGAGCAGCUGGGGCAGGCACUUCGCCGAGAAGUACGCCAUGUUCGUCCUGCCUUUCGUUACCGUCCUGCGCGAGGGGAUCGAGGCCAUCGUCUUCGUCGCCGGCGUCUCGUUCUCCGCACCAGCUACCGCCGUCCCGCUCGCCGUGGUAGUCGGCUUAAUAGCAGGUUGUAUCGCAGGCUACAUCAUAUACCGAGGAGGAACCGGAGCCAAGUUGCAGUACUUCCUCGUCGCUUCUACGUGUCUGCUCUACCUCAUCGGUGCCGGUCUCUUCUCGCGCUCUGUCUGGUAUUUCGAAGCCCAGAAGUGGAACGACGUCGUCGGCGGUGACGCUGCCGAAGUGGGAGAUGGUCCGGGAUCGUACGACAUCGACAAGAGUGUCUGGCAUGUCAACUGCUGCAGUCCGACGCUGGACGGGGGCUACGGCUGGGGAAUUUUCAAUGCCAUCCUCGGAUGGACGAAUUCAGCAACGUACGGUUCGGUGAUCUCUUAUAAUGUCUACUGGAUCGCCGUUAUGAUCUCGCUGGGCGCCUUGAGAUAUCACGAGGUGAAGGGCCACUGGCCACUCACGAAGGCGAAGGCGGACUCGAUCGGGCAGACUUCGACCACCGAAUCGGUUGAUCUGGGUACCAAGUCUCAGGAAGCCGGUACCGUGCUCGGCAAAUCGGUAGUCUAAGGAAGCCAGCGGCUAGCUAUCUUUAAAGAGACUAUAUGGAGCUUCGUGUCGCGGCUUUCCGAGAGGACGCGUGGGAGCGCUCAGCCUGUUAUUAUAAACUCGCAGGUGUGAGUAAUACGGGAAGAGGAGUGAAAUAGGUAGGCUAGUGUAAGUGAGCUUACACUGGGUACCUAAGCAUAUACUACUAUCUAGGGAAAUCACAAAACGCGAGUUGACUAUCUGUAUAGACUAUCUAUAUAUUAGGUAAAAUACCCUACAAGACACCUCUAUAUUACCUAGGCGUAGCAUCUAAGAA